UGGCUUGUUUGGUCACUGCCUUUAUGAAGGACAUAAUCUUUGGCUGCGAGACCGCGGUUAUCUUGACGAUGAAGAAAGUGUCACAAAGUUAUUUUGAUGAGACAGUGAAGUCAAAUAUGGAAUUGUUCGACCUCUCAGUAGAUGAUGCUAUAGCAGAAUCCGUUCAGACGUUUGCAUUAGAGGUCUGGAAUGACAUUUUGAUGGUUUACGACAUGUAGGGUGUAGAUCUCUCCGAUAUUGUGAAGGAUAUGAUCAAGUAUGAAGACGGCCAUCCGAGUGCUCUAGCUAUCAAAAAACUUCAAAGGCUUUUAGAGGUUGACCAUGAAACUUCCGAGUUGCUGGAAGCUUUGCAAUCCUUACAGCUACCAGGAAACUCCGACUUUGCUGUCCGCAAAUUGUUAAUCGAUAUGAGUUCUGUAGAUAUCUUACUAAACCUUUUUGAUCUCUAUACUCCAGUUGGGGACUAUUGUCUAUGUACUUUACUGUUGAAUGUGUUGUCCAGAAUAAUUAAAGGUCGUUCCGAAUCUGUUGGUGAAAAACAUAUCCAAAAGUUAAUAAAUUCACUCUCCAAAUUAAUUAAUGAAUUGGAAGAAAACCCAUCUACCGAUUCAAAGUUCAGUUUAAUUGCUGCAAUCUACUCAGUGUUACAUCUUAGUUGCACGAAAAAUGAAAGGAAUAGAACUUUUAUUUCCCAAACUCAAACUGUCGCUCAGACCAUAAAUUUUUUCAUGAGAAUCGCAGAAUUGUUUGACGAUCUCCCUUUUAAUACUUUCUAUACUGCAUUAAAAGAAGGAUGCGGAUUCUUACGAUCACUAACCCUCGAUGAUGAUUUAGACGUUGAAUUCGGUCUAGGAAGUGAAAAUGCUCGUACCAUAGCUAAAAGUGACUUGUGUUUGGAAGUAUUUGUCAAGUUAAUAUCAAGUAAACAUUCUGCAGUAUUUUAUAGCUUGUUUCUAUUCAUUUCGCGUUGAUUAAAGUUUAUAGGUAUUGUCAAGAGCUCUGAUAAGGUAACUAGAAUAAGAUUAUCUAUUAAUUUUGUGCGAUGGUCGUUCACUUUGACAUCCGACUGUUGACAAACUCAGUUAUUAAUCAUUUCAGUACGAUAUUGUAUUCCGAGAGUUUUUUGCGACCACUUGGUUUUGGUAUCUGUUUAAUGUAAACUUCGUUAUAAUUAUUAAAGCCCAUCGAUAAUUGCAGAAAAGAAGCCAUGGAAUGAGGAAUAUUUUUACAGAAAAUAUAUCCCCAGUUUUAGGCUAGGCUUUGUGUUGUUAUUAGUUGGGGGCUGGGUCAAGAGUACCGGAGGCAUACCAUUGAAAAGCAAUUGCAGACGUUCUUUCAUUGUAAUAAUAUUUUCCAGUUGUGUAGCAAGGACCAGACCGAAACAGUUCCUUUUGAAAGUUUAGUUGACCGGUAAACAGUUUGCUUCAUAGAUUUAUGUGGACUGAAUUCUAUGUAUUUAUUGAUACCACAAUAAUUCGAGUGCAGUAGCGGACUAGAAAAUAAACUACAAAAGCUAUACGGUAAUACUAUGGAAAAAUACAGUGUAAAGCUAAGUUAUCACUUCUGAAGAGUUCUGAACAUGGACGAGACACUGGUCUUUUUCUCCUUAAUAUUCAAUAGUUCUACAUUUGAUCCCAAUGAGUAGUAAUAACUAUCCUAACAUUUGUCAAUUCCUAAUAAACAGUCCAACUGACUAAUAAAAGUUUUCUCAUUAGUAUCUUGCUUCCGGAAAAGUCUUAUAAAGACGCUACCAGUCUACUGAACACAUUUUCUCUGUACUACAUAAAAACGCCUAUGCAAUACUGACUUGCAUUGUCUAGGAUAAAAAUUGCACAUCAGUCGCUUCACUUCUCUCGGAUGUUUCAUCAAACCUGGUGGGUUCGGUAGUCAACAAAAUUUCGUUGAACACAAGCACUUCUGCCUUUUUUCAACCUAUAUUACUUAUGACUUAAGUAAUUUUUAAAGUCCGUUCUUUACCUUCAUAUGACCAACCAUAAGCUUUCUAAAUAUCUGUGCGAUUCCUAACAUUGUAGAUCCUCAUUUGGCAACUCCAUCACGCGUAAAUAAUUGCCCGGAUUCUCAGACAAUGGUAUACUUGCAGUUCUCUUCAGCUAACCAACCAAUUAUGAAAUCCAUUCCGUAAAAAAGGUUACCCUUCUCUGUUAUUUACUCCUCCUUUGUUUGACAUUCAGUCACCUCAUCGAGACUACAUAGGAAUGCUAUUAGUACUCGUCUGUUUAAUAUUUCUAGUUACGUGUUUUGUGCAAAAACUUGUGAUGCUUUUUGAUUGCCUGACCACAGUAUGUAAAAUAAAAUUCCAACUCAUGAUUUUGAAGUGUACUCCAAAAUCUAUGUUUUCAGUAAUAACCCAACUAGAAUUUCGAAAUUUUUGAAAUAUAACUCACAUUUUACGUCUUGAAUCAGUCAUCAAUUAAUAUACUAAAAGUAUCAUUUAUUUAUACUCAUAUGUAUUCUAAGUUGACGCUCAAUGCUGAUCAGUGUAUGGGAUAAAUUGACAAAAAUAGCGAUGGCUAGAUAAAGACUUGGUAUCAGUCCAUUAAACUGCUGUUUCUGGAGGCAUAGGAUACCUAGUUGGUGAAGAUAAUCUUACUUCACUCGGUUUAAAAAUUUCUGAGACUAACGCAAAUAUAUUUAAUUUCUUUCCUAAAUCCUUCUUUUAAGCAUUUUUAGUUCUCAUUCCAUUUCACUAGUUGUUUUCAAAUAAUCCUUCAUACGAUUAAUUUCUUACUACAAAUGAUAUUAAUAUUUCCAUUUUUUGUUUUUCAAUGUGUUUUAUUUAUUUAUUUUAACACAUAGAUAUUGGUACAAGGAGGCACCAAAUACAUAUGCGCCACACAAAUCUCAUUCGAUAUGUGUGAGGGUGCCCAAACCGAAGCAGGUGGUUAUCUUAGGGGGCCACUCCCCGAACCUUCGACCUGAAGGUUUGAUCCACAAGGCAGUGGAGCAUCGUGAGGAGAUGCAGUCCCAUGGUAGCCAGUGACCAACGAUUGAUUCAUAGGCCAUUUGUUCCCGCAGGAUACUGGAGCCCAUGUGCACCAUUGGUUUGGAAUCCGGUUAAAGCGCCAGACAUUCGCUUUUCGUCCUCUCAUUUUCGUAAACAACACCCCCGCCACGAGAAGGCAGUGAGUAGGACUUCUUUGGCAGAGGCUAUAUACGCGUGGCCGUGUGAGAGCAUUUCGAGAGGGAGAGCGGACUCUCCCCACUCUCGGCCGUACCAGGGCAUUUGUUAACCCAUGCUUUUUAUUGUGAGUUGAUGUCCAGUAACUAGUCAUAUCCCACACUGUUUAUACUGAACUUAUAUGUCGUCACCUUAAAAUUUGAUUUGGAAACUAAUGACCACAUUAUUAGCUUGGGAUUUCCUUUAAUGCUAUGGCAGUCCUUACCUUAUCGUUGAAUAUAUAUUUCACAUGUAUGUUCAAUAUUUUCCUCUUUCUUCCCUGCUGUCAUAUAUCUAUUUUUCUCCUAAUUUUUUAUAGAGAUUUUGAACUCCUCAAAUGUCAGUGGAAUUUCUGACCUAUUUCAGACAUUAUCAACUAUAAUUACUCGCGAGGAGUUGUGCACAAGAUUCGCAUCAUUUAACGGCAUCGAUAUACUAAUGCAAACUAUCUAUUCUAAUAUAAAUUCAACUGUUAUUGUUUCGUCUUCAUUGAUCCUUUUACAAGCACUAUGUGGUUCAGAUGCUUGUAAACUAUCUGUUAGCAAUUGGUCAAUCCAUAGUAUUUCCGGACCUCAGCUUAUUGUAGAUCUAUUUGAAGGCCAUAUAAAAAGUCCUGUUGUUACAAAGUAUAUCUCAGGUGUAAUUGCUGCGCUUACUCUUCGACAACCUAAUAUUGCAAAAUCGUUUGUUACAUCAGGUGCAUCAAAUUAUCUCAUCAAGUUAAGUUGAAUAAAAUUUGAAAAAUAAAGUAUAAAUCUAAUAAUAAUUUAAGUGUUACACGAACAAAAACACUAAAUAGCUUGGAUCUCAUACAUUUCUGUUUGGGUUGUCAACAAUUUUAAGCUUAAUUUGGUUCGUCUGUCCACAUUUUUUAUACAUUCAAUAACCUUGCUGGUAUGAUACUCAUGCAAUACUUUGAAUUUUUAAUUUUAUUGGUAUUAAUUCUGAACUUAUUUGUUCAGUUAUAACAUUUACCAGUAAAGAUCGUAAGUACAUGUACUCCAUAUCCAUAACCAUUGUCUGUAUCAGUGACAUUUGUUACAGAAGUACGUGGGACUGAGAGAUAAUCUAAUUAGUUUAGUUUAUCAACGAGUAAAGACCGAAGGUCUAAACUCUUAAGCCCACUAGUUGUUUUGCUGAUUGAAGUGAUGCAAAUCGAAAGUCAAUUCAUUCCUCAUCUCUAAUAAUGUUGAAAAUACUACCAUCAUAUCCUUUGUUCGUUCCCUUUCACGUUCCUUUUAGUGUUUUAACACAGUUGGUUUUCCGAAGUAUCAUGUUCGAUGGUGUAUGGGAAUGUGAACUAAUACUCUAUCCUACCUAUUUCUACGUUACUUUGGUCAGUCAUCAGUAUUAACGUUAUAAAUAGAUACUGUUCGACGUGGUAGGUGACACUUAGCGAAUCAUGGCGUACUACCGAAAUGUGAUACUGAAUGGAAUAAGAAUAGCCAAUGCAUUAUAUAUGCAGGAAGUUACCGAAUAUUGCAUUGAGUCAUUUGAAAAUGUCUUGAAUGGAAGCCCUCUUUUAAAGAAUGGCAUAUAUUAUCGUUCUUUAUGCUAUCCCCCAACUACUUAGGAAUUUAAUCUACGUAAAUGAUUGCUUUCUGAGUACUGACAUAUACCCAUAUAAACAUGCGUUGUACAUAAUUUUUUCCACAAAUAUUGGUUCGACCGUUAUUACACUAAUCAUACUUACCGCGUGUUCGGUCCCUCUUUUCACUCCUCUGUCUUGCUCUCAUUUCUGUUUAUCUGUCUCAUAACUGUGAGAACCUGCAGUGACGUACGUGUAUAUAAUGAGUAGUGUUUCUUAGCUGUAGGAUUUAUUGCCUACGGAUCACCACCGUAUAAACGUUAGUUCUUUAAUCUACUUGGAUUUAAUAUGCGAAUUCCUUUUUUGAACUAUUACUAGAAAAUUUAAAAUGUAGUUCUGCUAACGUGUACUGAUUAUGUCGCAUUUGAUUUCACUCAUCCUUUAUGAUUGUUACAAUAUUUACGUGCUUCUAAUAAACGAAGAUAUUUCAUAAGUAUCCACUCAAGCCUGUUGAAUUUUAGCAGGAUUGCUUUUCUCAAUAUUUCACAUCAAUGACUAAAUCACUUAUUUAUUUGUAAGUUUAUAUCUUAAAUUGUAUACGUAUGUACAAUUAUUUUCUGUUGUAGACGCUCGAGCUUCAUUUAUCCAAUCCUUCAACUGUUCGAGCCGCAUGUAGAGCUAUACGUAACUGUGUCUCACGGUCUCGAGAAUUACGGUCUUCGUUUCUGACAUCCGAUUCUGGUGCUGACACUGGUUUAGAAAAACUGCUCAAUUCUGCACUAAAAAUCCCAUCAUGUUGUGAUGAAGCUAAAGCAGCUCUUCGGGACUUAGACUGCAAGGUUGAGCUUCAGGAGCUCUGGAAUGGUCGUUCACAGUCUGGAUUACUAAAUAGCAGUUGAUUUACAUGGAUUCACUGAGUACUGGAACUGAUCUUAACAAUCUGGCAUUGUAAAGUUUCUGACAUUCUGGUGCAUUCAGUAAAUAUGACUGGUUGUGCUAUUACUUUUAUAUAUAGUCUUGAUUUCAAUAAGUUGCAGAUAAGCAUCGUUUAGUUAGAGGUCGCUGAAUAAUCAUUUCUCUGUAUUUAUGAGUAAGUAAUAAACAACGCAAAACCUUGACCACAUAUUCAUCUGCCCGAGUUACCACGACGUAUCAGUACAGUAAAAUGAACAUUGUCCUAACAAAAGGAGUAGUGGUGUCACUACGAAAAAGAGGUUAGCGGUAGAAUACAUGAUCAGAGAAGGUAAGGCGCCCGACCGUUGUUGCUACCUUGACGUGUCGGUCGGGCUUGCUUAUCGUAAUGAAGCGACCGAGCUAUACUGGCUGGAACAACCGUUCCUCAAGGUCCUACCAUGUCAAACAGGUCGGUUGAAGAGCGGUAAGACUAAAAGCAACAAACCCAAGGUCCGAAGGCGAAGUCGUACUGCUGACUGUACAGAGGUGUGACAGCAGCAAGGUGUUUCCUUCAGACAACCAGCAUGACAGCGAUACUGCCUUCCCACA